CCUACUUUCCUUUAUUCUUUCAUUCCAUCUUUCCCAUCGAUCAUGGAUUCCAUCUCUGCGCUUGUCUUCUUCAUCGAUAUUGCGACUUGCUGCAGUUAAUUCGAUGUAUGAUCAUUAUCAUCGAGCGCCAUGGAAUCAGAUCAAAGUUGUGGUUUAGAAAUUUCUCCUGGGGGUUCAAAGUAUUGGAUCCCUGAAUGUUCACCCGAAAAGAAACCUCUUGUUGGGAUGCUAUUUGUGAAUCUAGAUGCUGCCUUUAAGUUUUACAAAGACUAUGCAGCUGAGUUGGGGUUUACUAUACGUCAUCAUACAUCAAAGAAGGCGAGAGAUGGACAUAUUUUGAUGAAGUAUAUUGUAUGUAGUAGAGCUGGUUUUAAGAAUAAUGCUUGUCCUCCUGUUUCGGAUACCAAUGUUGCUGGUUCUGAAGGUUGCCCAACAAAUAGGAAAAGAGUGUCUAAUAGGAUGGAUACCAAUGUUGCUGGUUCUGAAGGUUUCCCAUCAACUAGGAAAAGAGUAUCUAAUAGGAUUGGAUGUAAAGCCAUGUUAACUCUGAAAUAUUCUGGAUUUAAAGGGUACUCAGUUUUUGCAUUUGAACAACGCCACAAUCAUUCGAUGUGCUCUGAAUCAUCCAAACAAUUUCUAAAGGUGAACAGAAAUUUAGACCUUGGACAUCAGAAGUUUGUUUUAAAUUGUUUUAGAGCAAAUAUUGGCACAAUGAAGUCAUAUCGGCUAUAUAAGGAGACUAUUGGGGGAUAUUCUAAUAUUGGUGCUACAGCUGUGGAUUUCAAGAAUUUCAAGCGUGAUCUUAUGGCUUAUAUAGCUGGUGUUGAUGCCCAAAUUGUCAUUGACAAAUUAUUCAGGAAGCAAGAAUUGUCUUCUGCUUUCUUUUUUGACUAUGAUGUGGAUGAUAGUGACCAAUUAACAAGGUUGUUUUGGGCUGAUCCUAUUUGCCGCAAGAAUUAUGCAUUGUUUGGUGACGUUGUUUCAUUUGAUGCUACCUAUGGAACGAAUAGGUACAAUAUGGUGUUUGGACCUUUUACGGGCGUUGAUAAUCACAGAAAGUGUGUCACUUUUGGAGCUGGAUUAUUAUUGAAGGAGGAUGUGGAGUCAUACGUUUGGCUUUUUACUUGUUUUAUAAAUGCUAUGGGACGUCAACCAACAUGCAUUAUUACUGAUCAAGAUUAUUAUUGAAGGAGUAUGUGGAGUCAUACGUUUGGCUUUUGAUAUUGCAUUGACAAUCACAUUUGGUGAUGAUCUGUUGUACAAACUUGUAUAUUCUUCCUUGAUCUCCUUAUAAUCACCUUUCUUGUGUUGCUUCUUUCUUUGAUGUUUAACUGCACCACCUACAUUUUUUAAAGACUUAGGAGGACUUUCAAAAGCUUCGU